CCUUCCCCCACGCUGUCUGCUUGGCACUGAGGACAGGACAUCAUCACCAACCGGCAAAAUGUGCAAAGGAUUAGCUGCCUUGCCCCACACAUGUCUGGAGAGGGCCAAGGAGAUCAAGAGCAAGUUGGGCAUACUCCUCCAGAAGCCUGACUCUGCUAUUGACCUGAUCAUCCCUUACCCAGAGAAGCCAGAAAAGCCAGCAAAGGUUCAAAAACCUUCUCCGGAGGAAACUCAGCAGUGGCGUAACUCUCUGGAGAAACUCCUUCAAAAUCCCUAUGGGCUUGCCAGCUUCCGGAACUUUCUCCAGUCUGAGUUCAGUGAGGAGAACAUUGAGUUCUGGAUUGCUUGUGAAGAUUAUAAGAAAAUCAAAUUACCUGCCAAAAUGGCUGAGAAGGCCAAGAAAAUCUAUGAGGAGUUUAUCCAAAGUGAGGCUCCCAAAGAGGUGAACAUUGACCAUUUCACCAAAUCUGUGACGAUGAAGAACUUGGUGGAGCCAUCUGUGAGCACCUUUGACCUGGCCCAGAAGAGAAUCUUCAUCCUGAUGGAGAAGGAUUCCCUGCCCAGAUAUGUCCGCUCAGAUAUAUAUCAGGAGUUAAUCAAGUAGCAAUGCUGCAAAGCUGUGCGAGGCACUGGUACCAUCACCUUUAGGCAGGGCCCUUGCUUACUCCAAUAACCAGACUUGUUUUUGUUGUUUAACUUGGUAGUUGCUCUCAUUUUAUAUAUAUAUCUAUAUAUAUAUUCUAGCUGAUAACGUUCAGAUGGCUGUGUUGUUAAAGUCCUGCUCUCACUGUUUUGGUCUAUCUCCUGCUGGAGAUUAUUCCCUUUUACCUUUCUCUCCCCAUUCCUGCUCCCACUGUACAAAUAGAGAAUCCAAACACAGAAUACCAGCCGCAUGUUGUAAUCUACCAGGAAGUUAGAGCGGCCCAGGCCAGGAAGCACCACGGGAGCAGCUCAGUUCAGACCCGACAAACAUUGCUUAGACUGUUGCCUCUCCUGGCCAUCUGCAGGCCAGGGGCGCACCAGGAACUUUUACAGGAAGGUUAAGAGCCCUAGCCAUGUGCUGGAAAAUCCCCAUUUUGGUAGAGCCCUGUGGCACAGAGUGGUAAGCUGCAGUACUGCAGCCCAAGCUGUGCUCACGACCUGAGUUUGAUCCUGGCGGAAGCUGGGUUCAGGUAGCCAGCUCAAGGUUGACUCAGCCUUCCAUCCUUGUGAGGUCAGUAAAAUGAGCACGCAGUUUCCUGGGGGUAAAGUGUAGAUGACUGGGGAAGGCAACGGCAAACCACCCCAUAAAAAGUCUGCCAAGAAAACAUCGUGGUGCGACGUCCCCCAUGGGUCAGUAAUGACUCGGUGCUUGCACAGGGGACUACCUUUACCUUUUUAAAGCAGGGACUGUAGGGUUGCCAAUGCUGGCUUGGGAAAUUCCUGGAGAUUUGGGGGUGU